UCCCUUUUAUUUUCUUUUGUUCUUUCUGUCUUUCCGGGCCCCAUGUGGCUACGAGGCCGGCUUGAUCUCAGAGUUUCACCGUCACUGCCGCCUCCUCCCGCACUUUUGUCGGUGGUUGCCGAGCGCCGGCCCUCACCGGGGGGAGCUCGGCCGAACGACUCCCGCCCCGGCCCCGUCUUCCACUUCUCCCUCCGGCGCGCACCUGAAACCCUCCCCGGGAGCCUCAGCCGCAGCCCUGGACCACCCCCCGCGGCAGCCGGCGCCCACGGGACCGCCCGGCCCACGCACGGCGGCUAGGAAAAAGCUCAAUGUCAGCAGCCCAGCAUCACUGGACAAUCCCACACCCCUGGACAACCCGAUAAUAAUGAACCAGUUGGCUUGCAAAGGGAUGGAAGGAAGUAAAGAAAGACCUAAACGCCAGCGGCAGAACAACUUUUCGAUGUUUCCUUCCCCUAAAGGCUGGAAUUUCAGAGGGCGGAAACGGAAGCAGAGUACUCAAGAUGAAGAUGCCAUUAGUCUCUGUAGCCUUGAUGCAAGCGAACCUAGUAACAAACGGGUCAAGCCUCUUUCGAGAGUCACGUCAUUAGCAAACCUCAUUCCUCCUGUGAAAGCAACUCCAUUGAAGCGAUUCGGUCAAACACUUCAGCGUUCAAUUAGCUUUCGCAGCGAUAGUCGUCCUGAUAUACUCACCCCGCGACCCUGGUCUCGAAAUGCAGCUCCUACUAGCACAAAACGAAGAGACAGCAAGCUGUGGAGUGAGACUUUUGAUGUUUGUGUCAAUCAUAUGCUUACAUCCAAGGAAAUCAAACGUCAAGAGGCUAUUUUUGAGCUUUCCCAGGGGGAAGAAGACUUGAUCGAGGACUUGAAAUUAGCAAAAAAGGCAUAUCAUGACCCCAUGCUUAAACUCUCCAUAAUGACAGAACAAGAGUUAAACCAAAUUUUUGGAACACUGGACUCCUUAAUCCCUCUGCAUGAAGAUCUUCUCAGUCAGCUUCAGAAAGUAAGGAAGACCGACGGAUCCACUGACCAUGUCGGCCACAUCCUGGUGGGCUGGCUGCCUUGCCUCAGUUCGUAUGACAGCUACUGCAGCAACCAAGUGGCUGCCAAGGCAUUACUGGACCUCAAGAAGCAAGAUCGUCGUGUGCAAGAUUUCCUGCAACGUUGCUUGGAGUCACCCUUCAGCCGCAAACUGGAUCUCUGGAAUUUCCUUGAUAUCCCCAGAAGCCGUUUAGUAAAAUAUCCACUGCUUCUUAGGGAAAUAUUGAGGCACACACCAAAUGACAGCCCAGACCAGCAACACCUGGAGGAAGCUAUAAACAUCAUUCAAGGAAUAGUAGCAGAAAUUAACACAAAGACUGGAGAAUCUGAAUGCCAAUAUUAUAAAGACAGACUAAUUUAUCUUGAUGAAGGCCAGAAGGAUGCCUUGAUUGAUAGUUCACGGGUAUUGUGUUGUCAUGGUGAAUUGAAAAACAACAGGGGUGUGAAACUGCAUGUCUUCCUGUUCCAACAAGUGCUUGUGAUUACUCGAGCCAUAACUCACAAUGAACAGCUUUGUUACCAGCUAUACAGACAGCCAAUCCCUGUGAAAGACCUUGUGCUGGAAGAUUUACAAGAUGGAGAAGUGAGAUUAGGUGGAUCCAUCCGAGGUGCCUUUAGUAACAAUGAGAGAGUCAAAAACUUCUUCAGAGUAAGCUUCAAAAGUGGAUCUCAAAGCCAGACCCAUUCACUGCAAGCCAAUGACACCUUCAACAAACAGCAGUGGCUUAACUGUAUCCGCCAAGCCAAAGAAACCAUUCUAUGUGCAGCGGGACAGGUUGGGAUGCUUGAUUCAGAAGAACAUUUUCGAAUACCUGCCACUUUGAGCAGAGAGCCCCAGGGAGAAAUUAAGCCCGAACAAAUGGACCAAUCAGACAAUGACUCAGACUGUAGUAUGGACACUAGUGAAAUCAGCCUUGACUGUGAGCGCAUGGAGCAAACAGACUCUUUCUGUGGGAACAGUAAACAGAUAGAAAGCAACAUUUAAUAGAGACUUAAAUCCUUCCUGGAAGUAGCCCUGUGUCUGUCUUGUACAGUAUUUGCAUUCCGUAAAUGGAAUCAUCUGGAGAAGCACUUUUUAAUUCUUUUUGUGACAGUGUGGACAGUCUCUUGUUUCUGUACCUUUGACUGUAGUAUUGUAACUGCCAAUCUGUCAUUGUAAGCCAGAGUCUUUUGCAGCUGUUGUCCUGUAGUGUAUUUCUAAAAUGUCUGGGUGGAUGAAAGAGGUACUUGACCAGUUACUUUCAGUUGUCUUGCUGGAAAAUAGAAUCUCUAAACAGUUGUUUAUUCAUAUGUUUCCUAAGUAAUUUUUCCCUGCUUUUUCAGUGCUUUGCUUGAUUUCAGAUAUGGCAGCUGAAACUUGGAGUUUAGAGCACCUCAAGUGACAAAUGAAGUUAUCUAUGUGUGGUGAUGGUGUUUAGAAUGAGGAAAAAGCAAUGAAGGGGAGAAGUCAAAUCCUUGGGAUUAAUUUGGUCCAAUAUGGUGAUAUUUAAUCAAAAGGUAUUAAUGGACUAUGUCUCUGACACUUAGAGGCUUAAUUUUUAAAAUGACAAAAGAUCUGGAAAGGCAACACAUUUAGUCCUAAUCAGUGCAUUUAUUAGAACAAGUAAUAAAAAGGAUAACUCCAAGUCUUCAGCUGGAAUUCUGAACAUAGAAUAACAUAGUAUAUGUGUGGUAAUUGGGAGUUUGCUUAUAGUACCAUUUCUAGUCCAGCGCAUUAGCCGAGAUUAAAAGAUGACGCUAUUGAUGGUGAGAUCCUACACCAUGUAUGUGCAUGAAUGUGGCUGAAACCUUUGAUGUGUGCUCAACACUCCCUUCUCAUUGUGUGCAGGGAAGGUAGUUCCUUGAUGUCCUGUAUUGGGCCUGUCUUUGUUUUAAAGUCUGUCUCUUGGUCCCCUGAUCUUUCUGAAGCAUUUGUUUGAGGAGAGGAGUUUUUCCUCCCAAUUGUUGACUGCUGGACUGAUCUAUCUGAUACAGUUCUCUCUCAGCAUUUCACUGCUCUGCUGCAGUGUUUGAGACUAUGCUUUACUGUGUCUUUAUAUUGCUUAUUCUGCUUUCUUGACUUGUGUGUGCCUCUUCCAAUUCAUCAUACAGUAGCUGCUUGGGUACCCUGCUGUCAUACAUUCUCCUCACAAGUUCUGCCUAGCAGAGCUGUGUUGCUGUGAGCAUUUAAGGACCCAAAGGGUGUAAAGAAUGAAAGCACUGUAAUGACGAGGAGGCCCCUCUGAGUAGACACACUAAUAUUUUAAAGUGUGAAUUAAUUGGUGAUGAAAGAAUUUUAGUGAUAGAAUACAUGUUUCUAUUUACAAAUGGAAAAUAAUUUGGGGUGAGAAAGGUAAUUUACCUAUGAGAAGUAGAAAUGUCUAAAAAACUGGGGAACAUCAUGCCAUUUUAUUUUUCCCCUUUGCUUUUAUGGGUCACCUUGUUGUUGCCUCUGACCUGAAUCGUCACUUUACUUCUCAGGGGUAGAGGCAGUAAAAAUAUAGUUAAUCAGAUUCCUGAGAAAUAAUGAGAGAUGUUGAGAGUUUGAUUAGUUACUGAACUAUUCCUAUGAGGCCAGCCUAACUAGAAAUCUCUAUCCAUCUUCAAUUUGCUGUGCUGAGUCAUUGUGAAAUUUCAGUAAUUUGAACUAAAUUCACUAAAACACAUCUUAAAUAUAAAUGUAAAUAUUAAAGGAUGACCUGUGCAAAAGUAUCCCCACACCAGUACUAAUAGCAGUAAUUCUAAAUUAUUGCCAAAAGACGCUCUUAGAAAAAUGAAAAUCCCAUGUUUUACAAGUUUACAGAAAGGAGUAAAUGAAAUGUCAUUUUUGCCUUGUACAUAGGCUAAGUCCAUUAGAGGAAAAAUCAAUGUGACAAAAUAAUCAGUAUAAAGACAAUGUAUAUUACUUUAUUUUUUAAAAAAAUGUCAGUUUUAUCCUGUAGACCAUUUCUGUAUUUAUAGAUUUUAAACGUGGUGAAUUUUUCUAUUUCAGGUUUUGUGAUUUAUUUAAAACUGCUUCGUGUCCAAAGUUGAUCUGUAGAUUUAGUGACUGUCUGAGAAUGCUAGAAAUUAAAGCAGAAGAAAGAAUGCAGCAUUAACCAUUAGCCAGCAUAUGCUAAAGUUGAAAAGAGACUGGUAAAAGGAUGCCCUAUGGGGGAAAAAAGAGUACAUGAAUGUUUGAGGAAAUUAUUUUUUUGUAUAAUGACCUUAAACUUUCUGGAAGCAUUUCAAAUAAAUUACAUUGACUAUUGUUUUGUUUA